AUGCCAGCAGAACCCCAUGAUGGGCAGAGGGAGGGGGCCCCCCAAAUUGGGGUAGACCCCAAAACUGUAGAACACAACUCGGAUCCCAGAGACAAACCUGGUGGUCACCCCAACACCCCUGGCUCCAACAGCCUGGACCCUCCCGCUGUGCCAGGGGACAUCCAAGCCAACAGCGGGGUGCAGGGUGACAGUGGUGCCCCCCAAAACGAAGACAGUUCUGCAGGUCAAGCAGAGAAAAGGGACCUCGAAAUCUCCAGGGUCAUGGCGUCACAGGGGGGUCCCGUGGAGCAAUUUGAACUCGGGCACCUCAGUAAUUCUGAGAAUGUUGGGGCGCAGGCACCCCACCACACCGAAAGGACACCCUCCCUAUCCCCGGUCCCCCGGAGCAGCAGGGACACAGCGCUGCAGGCCGGGGGGGCACCCCGGGCCUGGGGUCGGGGUCGGGGUGCAGGGGGGGCGGGGGGCAGGGGGUUCUGCGGGCGCUGUGGCGUUUUCAGGGUGCUGUCCCGAGGGUGUCUUCGCUGCGUGGGGGAGACCCCCAUGAUGGUGUCCGGACUGGUGCUGACCAUCGGGUUCUGCAUCAUCAUCAUCCUCAUCUUCGUCUGCACGCAGAGGUGUGAGUCAGCACCCCCAGUGAAACUCUCCCCCUGUCGCCUGCAGGUGGCGCUCUUCACAUUCCUGUCCCUGUCCCUCUACACCGUGCUGCCCCUGUCUCUCUCCUGGGCCCUGCUGUUCGGCGUCGGCACCUCGCUCUCCCACGUGCUCAUCAUCAGCGUGUUCGUGCCCGUCCGCAGCCCCAAGACUCCAGACCUCGCUGUGCAGCUGGUAGCCAAUGCAGUGGUAUUCCUCUGUGCCAAUCUGGUUGGAGGUUUUCACCUGGCACUGACAGAGAAGGCGCGUCGGAAAUCGAAGAGGGAAGCAGAGAGGUUUGAUGAGGUUCGCCUUCAGCUGGUGUACGAGAAGCGCCAGCAGGAACACCUCCUCCUCUCCGUGUUGCCGCGGUAUAUCGCAAUGGAGAUGAAGUCGGAGAUUAUCCGUCGUCUGAGGGAGAGCCAGAAUGACAAAGAGAGCCCCAACCACUUCCACAGCCUGUACAUCCGGCAGCACAAGGAUGUCAGUAUUCUCUAUGCUGACAUCGUUGGUUUCACCAGCCUGGCCAGCACCUGUACGCCACAGGAGCUUGUGGCCGUGCUCAACAAGCUGUUUGGGAAAUUUGAUGACAUUGCUAAGGUGAGAACACUUCACUUGUCCAGUCAGUGUGUCUGUAUUGUGUCUCUCAGUAAGCUACGUGAGGCCACAGGAGUGGACAUCAACAUGCGAGUGGGAGUGCACUCAGGCAACGUGCUCUGUGGUGUAAUCGGUCUACAAAAGUGGCAGUACGACGUCUGGUCACAUGACGUCACCCUGGCCAAUCACAUGGAGUCUGGGGGCCUGCCUGGGAGGGUGCACAUUACAGAGGAGACUCUCUCUCACCUGCAGGAGAGGUUUGAGGUGGAGGAGGGUCAUGGGGCAAGUAGAGACCCCUAUCUGCAGGGCAGACACACCUUCCUUGUCAUCGAUCCCCAGAGAGACAGGGAGUCACUGAAACAGUCCGAGGUAUCAACAUCCUCUCAGUGCUGUCAGUGUGUCUGUAUGAACCCCUCUCUCUCAGUGCAGUGUUAAUGU